AUGAUCGACAUCCAGGGCAGUCAACGGCAGAGUUCAACCGGCAAAAACAAAAUGGUCGUUACGACCCUCGAUGGCGAGGAGGAGGAAAUCGAGGUUAUUGGAAGUGGCAUCAGCACUUCCUUCCAACCAGCGUCCGAUAAGGGGCAAAGACUGCCACCAAGGCUGCCCAACCUCAAGUACAACGCCCCCGAGUCCUCUGUCAACAACUACACGACCGCCCUCCGGAGCACACCUACCAGAGGCUCCCAGGCCCGCAGUCGCAGGAGUGGUCCCAGGAUCCAUACCGUCAACAUCCACACUCACAAUCCCUUUCACCAUCGCACCCGUACGAUUCUGAUGGCUAUCCAUCCUAUCACCAACAGCAUUAUCCAAACUACCCCUCCUAUCACACUCCUCAUGACCGUCCGUACCAUCCUUAUUCCAGCAACAACCAAGACCCAAGGGAUCCACUGGAUUCGAGAGACACAAGAGAUCCACCAAUAG